UCUCCACGGUGUGUUUCCACGCUUCAGGCGCAUUGACAUGUUUGUCAUGAUUACUCAUCAGCGACAGAAGCAGGCGGCUCCCUCCAUGUGUUUACAGCCACUAAAAUGACGCGUCGCGUCUCAGCGCGCACAGCUGCGCCACAACCCACUUUCUGCCGCUUUCCUGUGUGCUUCAUAGGAAUGGAAAACAAACGUAUAAGUUCCCGAUGACGGGGCGUCCAUCCUUGAACUAUGUCUAAGACAGUAGAUUAUUGUGAUUGUAGUAAAAUUAAUAUUUAUGAUCAUGGCGGCGUCGCAAAGCGCGAGAAACUCUGAACUUAAUCAGAACGAAACAUGGAAGCGUCAUAUUAUCAGACAGCUGAAAUAUCGCAACAGGACACAGACGAGCGUCUUCCAGGAUAUUAUAGAGUCAUAUCACAGUCUGCUGGAAAAGUCCAAGCAAAGAGCCCUCAUAACCAAAGGCAUUCUGGGAUCAGGGUCAAGGCCCUCACAAUCUGAAGAUUCACUGACGUCUCUAAAGACAACCACCGGUGAGCUUGCAUACCAAGUGGUGGAACUGCAGCAGAAAAUCCAGAUAAAGGAAGUGACACUGGAUGAACAACAUACCAAGCUGUACGAUGUCCAAAACCAUCUCAGUGUUCUGUCGUCAGAGCACAGCGCACUUCAGAACCAUGUGGCAGAGGUACAGGCUAAGAACCAACUCCUGAAAAACCAAUAUGAUUCUCUACUGGAGCAGCACCAGAACAUGGAGAGGACGUACCGACAAGAGAAACUUCGCAGCUCAGAGAUCCUGGAGAACAUGAUUCGUCCAAAACAGCAGGCUGCUGUCCGCAUGAACCAUCGCAAUGAGAAGAGAGUGAGAGCCAGAGAGGCCAGUCUUCACAAAGAGCUUCAGAUGGCCGCCAGUAAGAAUGUGAAUAUUAAUGAAGAAUCUGGAAAUAUAUCACCUCCCAAUCCAUCAUCUCCUCAAAGUGAGUCACAAAGGUUAGAGAGAUCCCACGGACCACUUUACAGGUCUGCUUCAGCUACGUCCCCCCGCAUCAUCAGCUCCAUCAGAGGACUUUUCGAGAGGAAGAUUAGAGGUAAAUCCGUUUGCAGAUCAGAGGAAGAUCUCUACAUACCAUUAGGAGUCUGUCUGGUUGCCAGAGUCCCAACCAAGGCAAUUUUUACAUUGGAUGCUCAUGAGCUGGGAAUCAAUGCUGUGAGGUUCAGUACCAGUUCAAACCUGCUGGCUACAGGAGGAACUGACAGGGUCAUUAAACUGUGGGACAUUGAAGCAGGAACUCUUCAGAACAGAGGGACGUUAGACGGAAGUAAUGAAGGGAUCACCAGCAUUGAGUUUGACCCUACGGGCACUCGGAUUUUAGCUGCGUCAUAUGACAAGUCGGCUCUAUUUUGGAGGCUAGAGGACAGCGUUCCCAAGGUUACAUUGACAGGUCAUUCUCGUAAAGUGACAGCAGCCAAAUUUAAAUACAGUCAGAGGCAGGUGGUCACGGGCAGUGCAGACAGGACCGUGAAGAUAUGGGACCUCCAGCGAGCAGCGUGCAUACAAACCAUUGAGGUUUUGUCUUUCUGUAGUGAUGUUGUGUGCUCCGAAUACCUUAUCAUCAGCAGCCAUUAUGACAGAAAAAUACGGUUUUGGGACAGCAGGGCAGGAACCUGCACACAGGAAGUGCCUCUUCAGGGCAGAGUGACAUCAUUGGACCUCUGCCCCAACCACAGGCAGCUGCUCAGCUGCUCCAGGGAUGACAUCCUGCAGCUGGUUGACCUGAGAAAGAGUAACGACAGAGUGGCCUUCAGAGCGGAGGGCUUCAAAUGUGGAAGUGACAGCACCAAGGCCAUCUUCAGUCCGGAUGGCAGUUUCCUGGCAGCUGGCUCUGCAGACGGUGCCGUCUACAUAUGGAAUGUGAACACAGGAAACUUGGAAAAACAGCUUCCUGACAUGCACAGAGCUUCAAUAAGCGCUGUGGCCUGGUCGUUGUCGGGUGAAUACGUGGUAAGCGUGGACAAGAGCCGUCGAGCUGUGCUCUGGAGUGAUAUCUGAGACCAGACACGGUCUGCCUUUUUCCAUCUUAUCAACUGAAGUCACUCCUGGAAAUGCACUCAGGGAUGUCAUCAAAACACAACCUUGUUGGGAAAAGCUCACACUCUGCACUCCGUCAAUAACGAGACCCUUAUUAUUGUGACAGUCUUGUUGCUAAGAGGCGGUGUCAUCCAAAACGCAGACAGAUGUGCUGAUGUUACAGGGGUCUGGCGACUGUCGAGCAGAGCCGUCUGGGUUUUGUUUUGAAACCUUGUUAUGAAUGAAUUACUGAUGCAGAAUGUGCCAAAGCGUUUGUAGGCCUUCCUGUUGCUUGAAUUCUUACUAUUAUCGUCAGCAACUUUAAAGAUCUCUUGACAUACACCAGAUAUUGCUGCCUCUGGGAUUUGAUAUCAAAGGGAAACACGAACAAAAUGGAUUCAGCCUGUUUUAGGAACAUGACAACACGUUUCUGAAUACAUGGAAACCCUACCCCAAUGUAUUCGUAUGUCAGUCCUAUUUUUAGAGACCAAAACACAGAACAGACACAUUAUUUUGAAUGCCUGGUAAAAUGGCCAUUGUAUAUCGUCGCACAAUGACACUGAUUCGUGAAUGCCACAUAAACGAGAUAUAAAUAUUAUAAAUUGGGGGGUGGGGGGUCAGCAUUUUUUAUUUAUUUAUUUAUUUGUUUUUUUUUUUUUUUGGAAACGAACGCUUAUUCAGCAAACUGAUCAACAGUGACAGAAAAGAUUUAUGUUUUAAAUAAAUGCCAUACUUUUGAACUUUCUGUUCAUCAAAGAAUCCUGAAAAUAUGUAUUUCCACAAAAAAGUAGCUUGAAACUGUUUAAGUUAAUAAUAGUGCAGUCAAUCGAUUAAAAAAAUUAAGCAAUUAAUUGCACUUUUUUUCUGAUAAUCCCACCUAACAUUCAGAAUUUUUUAAAUAUACUUUUAUAUUGCAAACAUUUUACACUGAAUCUUCAAACUGAUGUAGAAACUAAAUAAAAACAGUAUUUUUUUUUAAAUAUUUGUUUAAUGGCAUCUUUUUAUGUCCGAAGGCCAGUAACUUUUUUCUAUGUAUAUUUAACCAUUGACUAUAGACAUUCAACAUUACAAUAUAACUAAGAGCUAUCAAUUUUAACAUUCAUCAGACUUAAAAAAAAAAACAAAACAAAAAACAAAUUUAAGUGAACCGAAAACAAUCAUUACAUAAACCCAAUAAAUAAUCAUAUUUAGCUACCUGUGCCCUUCAGCAAGUAGGAAAUAUACAGAAAUUGAACAAAAUGUGAGUUAUAAAACUAUUUUCUAAAUUAAACAUAGAUUUAUUUCCAAAGUUACAGAAGUUAUUGAUUUCAUCUUGAUUUUCUUUUGUUUUUUUGAUUAACAGACAUCACAGCAGCUGGGUUAUUAGGUUAUUUGGCUGCUAUUACUUUAAGAGCUGCCUCUGCUGAACAUGACGCAAUCUGACAUGCUUCAUAUUUUCUCAUAUUUUCAAGUCUUCAACUUUUCUGACUCACUAUAGGUCUUAAAGCAGAGGUCCAAACUCAAUUCCUGGAGGUCCACAGCUCUGCAGAGUUAGUUUCAACCAGCUCCUGCUCAUACCUGCUUGGAAGUUUAUAGUAAUCCUGAAGACCUUGAUUAGCUGGAUCAGGUGUGUUUGAUUAGGGUUGGAGCUAAACUGUGCAGAGCUGUGGCCCUCCAGGAAUUGAGUUUGAGACCAGUGUCUUAAAGUCUCUACUAAUGAGCUGACGUGUUGAGUCGGGUGUUUUAGAUGAGGGAGACAGUGCUGGGGUGCUUCAGGACAGUUUUGAAAACUGUUUCUAUUAUAUAAACUAUUAUGUUCUUAAAUCAGACUCAUAUACACUCUUAAAAAAAAGGACAUCAGUGGUUCUAUGAAGAGCCUUGAACAUCCAUUGAACCUUUCAAAUGCAGAAAAGGUUCUUUAUAGUCGGAAAACUUUUUAAAAUGUUCUUUAAAAUGGUUCUUGAGGAACUGUUCACUGAAAGGAUCUUUGGGGAACCAAAAAUUGUUCUCCUGUGGCAUCACUGCAAAAACACCCUUUUGUAACCUUUAUUUUCAAGAGUGUAUAACAAUGCAUGCAUGCACAGUUUUAAGGAAGCUUUAAUCGCCUAUUUGGUAACUUCAUGACUUAACUGAAGACGUAACUAUGACACUGCAUGCUUGUAGUUUAAUUUUCACAUUUAAUACAACGUGUGCCACUGCAUUUGCAUGUGCAAUUGAAGAGCACAAUAUGGCUGACAGGACAGGUAAAUUCAUUUUUACUGGCAUAUGGCCUGACAACAUCUUAUUUGACAGCAGUUCACUGUUGUUUUACUGAAGCUGCCUCGUCACCUGUACCUUUUCCGGGCUUAUUUGACUAGCGCCUGGCGCUGAGGCAAAGUGGAGUGUGCAUCUGAAAAGUCUUCCGUUUGAUGUGAUCGCAUCGCAGUUCUGCAUCUAAAUAAAUGCAAUUCUUAGCAAAAACAAAAGAGACAGAAGCAGCAGUUGUGAGUGGGGUGGAUAACUAGCUCCACCCCUGCGUUAACCGUUACAUUUUUUAGUGCCGUUAAACUGGACAAAUUAGUUGCAUGGGUUAACAUGCUAAUUUUGACAGCACUGGCUGAUAAGAAACAUUUCUUAGCAUGACUUCUCAAGGAUCGUGUAAUGCUGAAGACUGGAGUAAUUGGCUGUUGAAAACUCAGCUUUGCAUCUUAGAAAUAAAUGAAACAAGAAAAUAGUAAAUAAAACAGAAAAUAUUUCUUUUAAAUUAUAAUAGUAUUUUACACUUGUAUUGUUUUUAUGUAUUUUUAAUUGAUUAAAUGCAGCCUUGGUGAGCAGAAAAGCCUGACCACAAACUUUUGAAUGCUAGUGUAUAUAUUUCAGAUGUCUUAGACAGCAACGAACAUGUUGGGACCAUUAUGAUGUAUUUGUCAUUAAA